AUGAAUAGCAGUAGUUUGUUGAGGUGCCUAAUUCUGGCUCUUCUAGUAUCUUUAUACCCACAAGUAGGACAGUGCAAACCGCAUAACUCAUCUCUGCUGCCAUCGUCGGGGUUCCAUCCCAGUCAUGAUUUCGUUAGAACAAGAGGUACCCGUUUCAUGGUGAACGGGAAGCCACUGUACUUGAAUGGUUUUAAUGCGUAUUGGUUGAUGUCCAUGGCAUCUGAGCCAUCAUGCGAUAAAGGAAAAGUGACUGACACUUUUGAAGAAGCUUCAAGGUUAAAAAUGAAUCUAGUUAGAACAUGGGCUUUCAGUGAUGGUACUUCUUACAAGCCUUUGCAAUCUUCUCCUGGUUCAUAUAAUGAAGAAACGUUCAAGGGCUUGGAUUAUGUUAUCUCUGAAGCAAAGAGAAACGGAAUAUAUUUGAUACUGAGUUUAGUGAACAACUAUGAUGAUUAUGGUGGCAGAAAACAGUAUGUUCAGUGGGCAAUAGAUAAAGGGCAGUACUUGCAGUCAGACGACGAUUUUUAUACUAACCCUUUGACCAGAGAAUUCUACAAGAACCAUGUCAAGGAUGUGCUCACGAGAAACAACUCGAUUACAGGAGUGGCGUACAAAGAUGAUCCCACCAUUUUUGCAUGGGAACUCAUGAACGAACCUCGCUGCCAAUCCGACCUCUCUGGAAAGACCUUGCAGAAUUGGAUCACGGAGAUGGCUAGACAUGUGAAGUCCAUAGAUUCUAACCAUCUGCUGGAAAUCGGAUUAGAAGGAUAUUACGGGGAAUCGGUCCCUGACAGGAAGCAAUACAACCCUGGUUACCAAGUUGGUACAGAUUUCAUCUCCAACAAUCAGAUCCCUGAAAUAGACUUCACCACAAUUCACCUCUACCCAGAUCAAUGGCUACCUGGCUCAAGCGAACAAACCCAACAACAGUUUGUCAAAAAAUGGGUUCAAUCCCAUGUCCAUGAUUCCAAUUCAAUUCGGAAACCAAUAUUGUUGGCUGAAUUUGGAAAAUCAAGUAAGGCAGCAGGAUAUAAUGUUGGCCAAAGGGAUGCCUACUUUAGAAGACUAUACUACACCAUUUAUGCAUGUGCUAGGAGUGGAGGUCCCUGUGGUGGUGCUGUGUUCUGGCAACUGAUGGCCCAAGGAAUGGAUAGUUACAAAGAUGGAUAUGAAGUAGUUUUGGCUGAGUGCCCAUCAACAGCUGCACUUAUAAAUCAACAAUCUCGUAAGCUAGCAACUAUCAGAUAGUUGCCAUGCCGACUGCUGAAACAGGGUGAAUUAA